AUGAUGGAGGAGAAAAUAAGAGUCCCCUCCGGUCGUUAUGAUGAACCUGUGUAUCCUGAUACGAGCGCCUUUCUACGUGGGAUUCGGCCCCAAGAACGGAGUACUCCGUAUAACAGCUCUGGUGGUGGUGAGGUUGUUGCCCAUGGCAAUAUGUUUGGGAUUCUUCAGGAUAUCUUCAAGUUUUUCUUCGAUGAAUACAAACGAACUGAUGUUUCCGCCACGAUGUUCAUCGGCCCGGACGCGCACACACGUCCUCCGGAGUGGCUCGAGAAUAAAAAUACUAAUAUUGAUGGUAGCACCGUGUCGGAAAAAAGCAUCGAGUCGAAUCCGAAUCACUGGAGGACGAAAUACCGCAAGGAGCUUGAUAUCGCCGAGGCGAUUGAGGAGGCACGGAAACAGGCUCGGAUGGAGUCCCGGCACGAUAUUUUAGCGAGUAUUAGAUGGGUCCGCCGAAAGCUAGGUUAUUCAGUUCCAUUGGAUGAGCUUCACUCGAAGGAGAGGGUGGAGGCCCAGUAUCGCCAGGAAGAGGAAGCGUCGCCGCGGGGUGUGAUAGUGGAAGGGCCGAAAGAGGGACGUCCCGCGGGGAGUACGUGGAAAGCUCUGAUGCAGUCCGCGGGGUCCGGCAAACCCCUUGCCAAGGUAGCGAAAGAGUACCGCCCUCGCAUAGAUUUCUACGGCCUAGAUCCGUUUCUAGAUUCAUCGCCUUCGUUGAUUUGGUUCAGCACCAAGUGCGGGAUCGCGAUCGGCCUCGUGCAAGGGUCUUUGCGUGCAUUCCAGACGAUCAACGUCGACUUGGAGUUUCUGAGGGCGUCAGGGGUUGGGGUGCUGUCAAUACUCAACAUGUCGGUUCUCGCGGGUGUUAUCAAGUGGGGCGGCAACACAUGCAUCCUUUCGGCUGCUUUUUGCGUGGGGGAUCGACUGGCAAGGAGUGUGAAGCGUCGCCUUCUCCCAGCGCAUGAUGCGGAGCAGCGUUCGCCAUUUAAUUAUGUUGUGGGUUUGGCAUUCUCAGGCUCGACAGUGGGGAUUAUGCCGUGGUGGGUACUUAAUGACGUGAAAUUGGCCGCUCGAUUGGCGAUGUCUGGCGUUUUUUUGGGAGGUGUGUUGGGGUUGGGUGUAGGAUUGGUCUUGCAGCGACUUGUGGCUCUGAACAUAUCUCGAUUGGAUGCAACAAAUCGUCAGCUGCGACGCUACGAGGCGCUUAUGCUACGUGAACGCAAGUGGCUGGAGCAGGAGUAUCAGAAGCACAAAUCCGAGAAUGUCGUAUGGUGGUAG